UUCUAUACGUCGUCCAAGAUUCAACCAUCCAUCCACCGUUGAUUCCAUUCAACCGUUGAUCCACCGUUGAUUGGCCCCUGCAAGUUCCGCUACUGCGCUGCAGCUGCACUCUGCCUUGUUAUCUCAGUUGGGAGUUGUACUAUUUGGUAUGUUGCUCAUCAGUACAACUUUUAUAAACCACAGUGCAUCCAGCAUGAACGCAUGGCUCGUAGUAUAGACAAUAAUGAAAAAUCAUAGUCCCAUAACUCGAUGUUAAUAUAUAUAGAUGGCUCCGAAAUGUUGUUCUACUGAUGAUAGUCAAUGCAAUUCGUCUGAUUGGGAUUCCAAGUUUCGACAUCCAUUGAUCCCCGUCCGAGGCAUGACGUCACGCGGAUGCCAUCAGCAAUCGUCAUAUUUGCAACCAGCUUGCAAUUCGCAUCCCUUUUCUUCCGGAACGAUAAAUAAAGUUACUUCUUUAAUCAAUAAGUCAGAUUAUUCAACACGAUCAUUCAGCAUUCACUGGUUCCCGACAAUUUGCCCUAGUCCCAUCUCAAUUGCCCCGAUAGAUCACCGCAGCAUCCCAACAGUGGCGUGGGUGAAGACCAAUCCGUCAAGACCCCGCACACAAGAGUCCUUUGUUCUUAAGGUAUCUUCAUCUCGUUCUGGCUUCUCUCAAUCAUCGGAGACACCAUUGAAUGGUUGCCAAUCCAUCGAAACCUUUUCACUAUGUCCUCAUCUCGAUUCGUCGCCCGCUCGUUGCGGCCAGUCGCGGCGGCUCGAAGCAAUAUCUUACCAUCAGUCACGAUGCGAGGGAUGGCAUCAAAGGAAGACCGGCUGAGUAAGUUACCCAAUCGAUCCCAGUCUGCUCCUGCUCUGCCGCUACUUUCCCAUCCAUCAAUGUUACCAUGGCACUGUCCUCCUAUUAAACAUCAAUCCCAACCCCCAACAACCGGAUCCGAUUCUCCCUCACCGAUUCCCUGCAGCUCGACAAUGGCAUGGAGAUGGCGGAAGAAUGUGU